AUGACUGACUUUGAAAACACGCCCGCCAAGAGCGUCUCGUACUUCACCCCCGCGCAACAUCCUCCCGCGGGCACUGCAGCAAUCCCGCAGUCCGAUGGCACCGCGGUCCCCAAACUCUUCCAGCCGCUGACCAUCCGGGGCGUGACUUUUCCAAAUCGCAUUGGUCUUUCGCCCCUCUGCCAGUACUCGGCGCAAGAUGGCCACAUGACGGACUGGCAUCUUGCGCACUUGGGCAGCAUUGCGCAGCGUGGUGCUGGCUUCCUCAUGGUCGAGGCGACCGCUGUGACUCCCGAGGGCCGCAUUUCGCCCGAAGACGUGGGUCUGUGGCAGGAUUCGCAAAUCGAGCCUCUCCGCAGGGUUGUCGAGUUCGUUCACAGCCAGAACCAAUUGAUCGGAAUCCAGCUUGGCCACGCAGGUCGCAAGGCCAGCACCGUUGCUCCCUGGUUAUCGUUCAAGGCGAAUGCCAGCGAGAAGAACAACGGAUGGAACAACAACCUCAAGGCGCCUAGCGACAUCCCCUUUGCAGACCUCGCCGUUCCCAAGGCGAUGACAAAGCAGGAUAUCGAGGAAUUCAAACAGGCCUGGGUUGAUGCAGUCAAGCGUUCGCUUAAGGCCGGGGUUGAUUUCGUGGAAAUCCAUAACGCGCACGGGUAUCUUCUGUGCUCGUUCCUGUCACCCAUGUCCAACAAGAGAACAGACGAGUAUGGCGGCAGCUUCGAAAAUCGCAUUCGCUUGACCCUUGAGGUGGCCCAGCUCACUCGAGAGGUUGUCGGACCCAACUUCCCUGUCUUCCUGCGUUUCUCGGCGACUGAAUGGUUGGAAGAGGUUAGGCCCAAUGAACCUAGUUGGACACUGUCAGAUUCGGUACAGCUGGCCAAGGCUCUUGCCGAGCAGGGUGCUGUUGACUUUUUAGACGUGAGCACCGGAGGCAAUCACCCAGACCAGAAGAUCAACGGCGGCCCUGCGUUCCAAGCACCCUUUGCAAUUGAAGUCAAGAAGGCUGUCGGUGACAAGCUGCUCGUCAGCUCCGUCGGUACAAUCAAUUCCGGCAAGCUGGCCAACAAAUUGCUGGAGGAGGACGGGUUGGACUUCGCGAUCGUCGGCCGUCUCUUCCAGAAGAACCCUGGUCUGGUGUGGGCCUGGGCUGAGGAGCUGGAUUUGGAGAUCUCCAUGGCGAAUCAGAUCCGAUGGCCGUUUUCCCAGCGUGGAGGCGGCAAGUACCUCGCGAAGCCAUCCACCAGGAAGCGAUAG